AUGUGCUUUUACGAUCAGUACCAGUUCGAGUGCGGAGAUUUCAAGUUCGGCCAUUUCAGACGUCGUUGCAGUCGCGUUUGUCCGCGUGGAAGAUCUUGCGGCUUGAAAACAGCCUACGAGGUCUUUCAACUGCAGAAGAAGUGUAGUCUCUGCGACAAGAUAACGACAAAUCGCCACGGGCAACAGCAGGAAUGGGAUCGCAUAGAAUGUUUAGAAAGCAAGGAGCAGGCUGAUAACAAAGGGGUACAACGAUCGAUCGACAUCAUCAAUCAGCUGCAGCAAGAAAUCCUUAAACUUGAAAUGGAGAGGCGUGGAUGGCAGAUCACGACACCUGACGAUGAUUUUGGUAAUACUGGAAGUGCCAGUCUUGGGCCCACAGCUGAGAGCGCGGACCUGGUCGCCACCAGUACCGCAAGCAUCGUCACCAAAUCCAGUCCUUCGCCGCCAUCGGACAAGCCAGAAGACAAAAUUGAAGGGGACCCUUCUCUGCCGAGAGCGUCGCCGUCUGCGACAAGAGCGAGUGAUGCCUUACAGCUCGCAGAAUGGAAAUCCUGCCCACUCAGUCUCCUUCGGGAAAGCAACUCGAAAGAGAAUUGUACACGAAGAAGUACCCUGGCGAGAUCGCACAGCAGCUCCGCAAUCGACUCAUGGAUGAGCGUGGGGCCUCCCAAAAUGCAGCUUUCAUCAAAUACAACUGCAACCACACAGGCGUCGAGAAGCUUCCCGCGGUUUCAGCUUCAAGUUUUGAUUAUGAGAUAG